CUUCACCCCACACUGGAAAGACGGGAGGGGACUGAACAGUGCGCAGCUCCUGCCGUGACGACACCUCUAGGUGACUCAUGUAGUAUUAUCAGUAUGAACAUCAGUACCAGUGAUAGUUGUGAUGCAUUCCAACUCUCCAGUAGCCACGCCCACGUCCCCAGUAUUACUUGGCCCUACAUCGCCGCUGAGCUGAUCAUCGCUCUCCUCACUAUCGCUGGGAAUUUCCUGGUCUGUCUGGCCGUGAACCGAAACCGGAAGCUACGCACCGUCACCAACUACUUCCUGGUGUCGCUUUCGGUGGCCGACAUCUUUGUGGGCGUGCUGGCGAUCCCGUGUGCCGUGUUGACCGACUUGGGCCAGCCGCGCCACAACCUGCCUCUGUGUCUGCUCCUCCUGAGCGUGCUCAUCGUGCUAACCCAGAGCUCCAUCCUCAGCCUGCUAGCGGUAGCCGCAGAGCGCUACGUGGCCAUCCUGCUGCCGCUCCAGUACCAGAGGAUCGUGAGCCCCAGGAACGCCCGGCUGGCCCUGAUCCUCACCUGGUGUCUGGCCCUAUUCUCUGGUUCCAUCCCUCUGAUGGGCUGGCACGGAUCACUGCCACCUUCUGGGGCCUGUCUCUUCACCUGUGUGGUCAAUUUGAGUUAUAUGGUCUACUUCAACUUCUUGGGCUGCGUGCUGGUUCCCCUGGUGGUCAUGUUUAUCAUCUACGGUCACAUCUUCCUCACGGUCCGACAGCAGCUCAGACGCAUCGCUGCCGGGAGGGGACCAGCCAGACCUGAUACCAGGGAGGGAGAGAGUGGACCAGCCAGACCUGAUACCAGGGAUGGAGAGAGUGGACCAGCCAGGCCUGAUACCAGGGAGGGAGAGAUGGGACCAGCCAGGUCUGAUACCAGGGAGGGAGAGAGGGGACCAGCCAGGCCUAAUACCAGGGAUGGAGAGAGUGGACCAGCCAGACCUGAUACCAGGGAUGGAGAGAGUGGACCAGCCAGGCCUGAUACCAGGGAUGGAGAGAGUGGACCAGCCAGGCCUGAUACCAGGGAUGGAGAGAGUGGACCAGCCAGGCCUGAUACCAGGGAUGGAGCGAUGGGACCAGCCAGACCUGAUACCAGGGAUGGAGAGAUGGGACCAGCCUGGCCUGAUACCAGGGAUGGAGAGAGGGGACCAGCCAGACCUGAUACCAGGGAUGGAGAGAUGGGACCAGCCUGGCCUGAUACCAGGGAUGGAGAGAGGGGACCAGCCUGGCCUGAUACCAGGGAUGGAGAGAUGGGACCAGCCUGGCCUGAUACCAGGGAUUGUGGGACUGGGGCUGGGAGCAGAGAGGAUGAUGCUGGGGCUGGAAAGAGGACUAGGGUUGAGUUUGGGGCUGGAAAGAGGGCUAGGGUUGAGGCUUGGGGUGUUAGUGGGGUAGCAGUGUGGGGAGGAGCUGGGAAUAAAUGGUCAGAGGGUGAGAGUUGGAGUGGAAAUGCUGCGGAGAUGACUAGCCAUGCUAAUGGCUGUGUUAGAACUGAUCCUGGGUCUGUGGUAACCAGCGAAUCCAAAUCCGAGUCCAGAGGUCCAAUGAAGGACAGGUGUGGGUCCGGCGUCAGCGAGUAUAAGCGAGCGGUGCGUAUGCGCCGUGAGGUGAGGAAGACCACCUCUCUGUUCCUGGUGUUGUUCCUGUUUAUGCUGUGCUGGCUGCCUCUCCACUUCCUGAACUGUGUUACGUUGAUGUGCCCGCGCUGCCACGUGCCCCUGCCCCUCACCCUGGCAGCCAUACUGCUGUCCCACGCCAACUCUGCCCUUAACCCGCUGCUCUACGCCUAUCGCAUGAGGUCCUUCAGACACACACUGAGGGCGCUCUGCUGCACACACACUGCAUGAUACACACACACUGCAUGAUACACACACACACUGCAUGAUACACACACACACUGCAUGAUACACACACACACUGCAUGAUACACACACACACUGCAUGAUACACACACACACUGCAUGAUACACACACACACUGCAUGAUACACACACACACUGCAUGAUACACACACACACUGCAUGAUACACACACACACUGCAUGAUACACAC